AUGGUUCUCGCCGAGCCGUUGCCGGCGAAACCAUGGGUUGGACUUUCUGUUACUGUGCAGGCGGAAGCAGGCAUUGCGUCCGGAGCAGGCGACGAGCUACAGGAGUAUCUGGCAUCAGCGGACUUGCUGGAUGACGUGGCCACAUGUGUUAGCCACGCGCUUUCUGCCCCUGCUGCUUCACCUGCAGCUGCCCCUGCUCCUGCUGCCGCUCCUGCCGCUGCUGCUCCUGCUGCUGCUUCCCCUGCUGCUGCUGCUGCAACUGAUCCAGCGGCUGGGGCUGUCUCUGCCGCCUCGGAGUGGCUGGAGCUGCAGCGGCAGGCGGACUCUCUCCAGCGCACGGUGGUGGACGACUUGAGCUUCGAGCUUCAGAACCUGCUGCAGCGCUACAGCACACGGGCCGCAGCAAGGUUCACUCCAGAGCGCCUCGAGGUCCUAUUCCGCAUCGCCUUUCUGGAACCUUCCACCGCUUCGCACAGCCAUGACCCCGGCUCAGCAGCAGCAGCAGCAGCAAGUGGGCUUGGUGGUAACGGGAAACCCAAGCAUGCUGCUGACGUGGAGCACGGUGCCAACGUGGACAUGCUGAUGCCUGAGCUUCUUCCGGAUAACGCGCUGCGGUUGGCCGGGGAGAUCUGCAGCAGGAUGGUGGCAGCAGGGGGUGGCUCACAGCUCGUGGAGACGUACAGGUGGGGCGGUGGUGGUAUGGUGGUAUGGUGGUAUGGUGGUAUGGUGGUAUGGUAUGUUUGUUAA